AUCAUAAAAUCUUUGGAUAAGAAUAAAGUCGUCGAUGAGCACUAAUCACAUCCCCACGUAUUUAAAGCCUUCACCGUGACUUGCGAAUCGAUCGAAGAAUCGCAGACAAGAACAGGAAGGGUGAUCACUGAGCAAAGCUUGCGAACAACGAUGGGCUCUCUAAUGGCGGGUUGGGACUCGCCGGUCCUUGAUCCUAAGCAUGUGGCCUACCAGAGGAACAGAUCGUUCACUAAAGAGGAAAUAGAGGCUUAUUGGAGGUCGAAGAAGGAGAAGGCAGGAGAAGAGCUGCGUAAAGCCCCGUCCGAUGGCACUCGGGAGAUGGCAUUCAAAGAGUGUGCAAGAAAGUACGGGAGAUCGGAGUCGUUGCCGGCAGAGCUGGAAGGCGAGGCAACUUGGGAGAGACCCAUCAACAACAAAGGCUGGUGGACAUGGAGCAAUUGGGCAUUUCUGAAUGAACCGCCGGUAUCCGAGGGAAGCACCAACAGCUACGUCUCUCAGUUCCAUGUUGCCAAUCUCCACAAGUCCAGAGCUUGAAUCACUUGAGUUGAAGUUAAUCUGGGCCUGUUUGCCGAGAAUGAAUUGCUCUGCAAUCGUCGUUAGUAAUUUCAUAGGCAUCCAUGUAUAUAUGCGUAUGCGAUGCGUAUAAUUUCAGAGUGACGCCUACAGUGUGUUGAAGGUGUAGUAAAAUUUUGAGGACUUUGUGAUCUUGGAUGGGCUCUUGCUAUCCUUCUUGUGGUGAAGAAGUGGAGACCCUUGAUUUGAAUUGGCAAUGGCUUGUGCAGUUUUUAUAUGAAAUGCUAUCAUGUCUUCUCUAGUAAGUCGCUCACAUUACGUCAAUAAAUUGAUUUCGCAAUAUAAA